CCCCGCCGCCCCACAAAAGGCACCGCCGGGCUCGGGCUGCUCCGCACGCCCCGCGCAGCGGAGCACGCACGGACACACACACAUACACGCACACGGGCUGGCACGGACACACUCGCACACACUCGCACACUCUCGCACACACGGGCGCGCCGCGAUGUGCGAUGCGCGAUGCGCGACGUAAGGCACCUCGCACGCCCCGGGGCCGGGGGGAGCCGGCGGGAUCCGCGUUGCCAGCCCGCCCGCCCCUGCCGCUCCCUCUCCUACAGACCCAUCCAUCAGCCUCUUCCUCUCCGUCUGCUCCAGCCUUUCUUUUAUUUUCCUUUUUCUUUCCUUUUUUUUUUUUUUUUUAAUUUUUAAUUUUUGUUAUUUGCUCUAACUGUAUCUACCCAAGCCCUGAAAAAAUGCCUGCCCGUGGAGCGAGGAGAGGGCACCGGGUCGGUAAAUAAGAAUGGCGGCACCUGACUUGCUGGAUCCCAAAUCGGCUACUCAAAACUCCAAACCAAGAUUAUCAUUUUCCACCAAGCCUACCGUGCUCGCUUCACGGGAGGAAAACGAUUCAGCCAUUAAUGUUAUGAAAUGGAAGACAGUCUCAACAAUUUUUCUGGUGGUAGUCGUGUAUUUAAUAAUUGGAGCAACAGUAUUUAAAGCCCUGGAGCAGCCUCAUGAGACCUCCCAGAGAACCACCAUUGUGAUUCAGAAGCAGACGUUUGUAUCUCAGCAUUCCUGUGUGAAUGCAACAGAGCUUGAUGAACUGAUUCAGCAAGUAGUGGCAGCAAUAAAUGCAGGAAUCAUACCUUUAAGAAACACAUCUGCUCAGAUCAGUCACUGGGACUUGGGAAGCUCCUUCUUCUUUGCUGGCACUGUUAUUACCACCAUAGGCUUUGGAAACAUCUCACCACGCACACAAGGUGGAAAGAUAUUCUGUAUCAUCUAUGCCUUAUUGGGAAUUCCUCUGUUUGGUUUUCUGUUGGCUGGUGUUGGAGACCAACUAGGGACAAUCUUCGGAAAAGGAAUUGCCAAAGUAGAAGAUACCUUUGUUAAAUGGAAUGUGAGUCAGACAAAGAUUCGCAUAAUUUCAACAAUAAUAUUCAUACUAUUUGGCUGCGUGCUGUUUGUUGCUCUUCCUGCAGUUAUAUUCAAGCACAUAGAAGGCUGGAACACACUAGAUGCAAUUUACUUUGUGGUUAUCACUUUAACUACCAUCGGAUUUGGUGACUAUGUUGCAGGGGGAUCAGACAUUGAAUACCUAGACUUUUAUAAGCCAGUGGUGUGGUUCUGGAUCCUUGUUGGACUUGCUUACUUUGCAGCUGUCCUCAGCAUGAUUGGAGACUGGCUAAGAGUCAUAUCAAAAAAGACAAAAGAAGAGGUAGGGGAGUUCAGAGCCCAUGCUGCAGAGUGGACAGCCAAUGUCACCGCCGAGUUCAAAGAAACUCGAAGGCGCCUGAGCGUGGAGAUCUACGACAAGUUCCAGCGGGCUACCUCUAUCAAAAGGAAGCUCUCUGCAGAACUUGCCGUCAACCACAAUCAAGACCUGACUCCCUGCAAGAGAACACUGUCAGUCAACCAUCUCACCAGUGAGAAGGACAUCUUACCAGCUCUGUCAAAGACAGACAGCAUUUACAUGAAUGGUUUGACACCCCACUGUGCAGCAGAAGAGAUAGCCGUCAUUGAAAACAUUAAGUAGCUGUGACUUUGGAUCCCAGCCCUUGGGAAGCUCUUGGCUUAGACUAGCCAUAUACAUUUCUUCUCCACCCUGUCAAUGAUCAGUGCUAACAGCAUUUUGUAUGUGUGCAUGAGUUCCACAGAAACUACAGUCCAGAGUUACCAUCGCAUCUCUUCAGAGACACCAAGAUGAAUGGCACUUCUGUUUCCGAAAGAUGCUGGAACAAGCAAUGUCUUCUGCCUUUAUCUGCCCAGACUGUUUUUCACUUCUAAUGUGCCAUAUGGCCUCACGAAUGAAUCACACUUGUUUAUGGUAACAAUGUAGCUUUGAGGGAUCAGUCCUUAAAAUUUCAGGGUCUACCUUACUGAGCCUAGGAAUGGACCGUUUCUGAACUACAACACAUUUGUAAAUGGCAAGAAAUUCUUAUGCAGCCUUUUACCUAAGAAAUUUUUGUCAGUGCCUUAUCUUUUGAAGAACCAGAACCUCUACAGUUCCUGUAUAACUUUUGUUUGGUUGUUUAC